AUGAUAACUUUUACCAUUGGAAAACCAGACGACAACUACGUAAGCCGUGUUCGUCUUAUUGACCCCAUACCUUAUAUGAUCAAAGUAAUAACUGAAACAAUGAACCGGAUGGAAGAUAAAGGAUGGUGGAAUUUAAAAAUUCCUGAUGUUUCAGUGGACGUCAAUGAAGAUGUAUUAGGAGAGCUCAUCAAAGGUACGGUCUCGUUCAAGAACGGCUUUGUUGUAUCUAUAGGACAGUUGGAUAUAUUGCAGCGCACUUUAGGACAAAAUUGGCAAUUUCAUAGAGAUGAAAAUACGACGACCGUAGAAAUCACUGGUACGAUGAGGAUGACCGACGUGACUCUUGGUUUUGAUGUGGAAGCAAAACUGAGGAAUGGGGUCCAGCACUUCACUUCUGAACUCAUUCUGCCGGAGGUUGCCUUCGAUAUGAGAGUUAUUAGAGAUGUGUACACUGACUGCAUUGAUGUAAAAAUUUCUCCAUCUGUUUCAAGAACUAUAAUAAACAAAAUGAAGUUCCUGCCCGCUAAUAAUAUCACGGAUAUUUUUGGGAAUUUGUUUGAUCUAGAUUUCGUGACUCCUGGUGUAGACCUGUGGACUUCGGAGUUUUUGCAGCCAUUUGCCAUGGAUCUGGUCGAAAACGUUCUGGCAUAUCCCACAAUUUGCUACGAUUGUCCUCUGUAA